ACACAGUCCAGAUUUUCAGGACUGAAGCGUGGAGAUUUAAGGUGUCCUGGGCGUUGAGGAAGCCAAUAGAGCCACUCAAGACACCAAGCAGCUAAAGAGAGACCAUCCACUCCAAAUUUGCAGUUUUGAUCAAAUUACAAGACUCAGGGGGAUGAGUGAAUCACCGGUAAGCGAAACGGCAUCGUCGAAGGGGACGGAUGCGUCUCGAAUUGGAGAUGUAAAGCAAUGGCUGGCUCAGGAAUUCUCCCAAGCCGGAAGGGAAGUACCCGAUUUCGAAUACACCCCUCGCUCCGUAGCAGUUUUACGCAACCUUGCCACUCUUUCCCAGUCCCAGACUCAAGCCUCCAAGAUCCUCGCCUCUGAUUUCCGCCUUAAAGCCUCUGAGUACCGGUCCCAAGCUGCGAGGAUUCGGGAGAUUUUGGAGAGUGUGGGGUUAGCACAGGAGGGCUUGCCCUCCAAUGUUGUUUCUUCUGCCCAGGUUUUAGCCAAUGUUGCUAAUCUAUUGAAUAUAAGAGACACUGAGAUUAGCAGUUUUCUUGUGGCUAUGGGGGAUAUAUCCUUGAGGAAGACUGGUGUGGAGGAGAAGAGGACUAAGGCGCAAAAAGAGUCCAAAAUUCUUCUUGAUUAUACUCGAAAGGCUAUUGCCAGGUUGACGUAUUUGAAAAGAGCACUUGUCCAACUAGAGGAUGAUGUAGGUCAAUGUGAAGCGCAUAUCGAUUAUUGGAAGACCAAUUUGGGGGUGAUGGUGGGUAAAGAGAAACAAUACAAUCUACAAACUGCCAACUAUAAGACUACUCUUACUCGUGUGGGCUAUACCCCCGAGAUUAGCCAUGGGCUGUUGGUUGAAUUAGCUGAGCACCGUAAGGAAUUAGAAAAGAAGACAAAACCUGUUCUUGAUACUUUGCGAAGCUACCAAGACUUGCCCCCGGAUAAAGCUUUGGCUGCUUUAGCAAUUGAGGAGAAGAAAAGACAGUAUGCUGCUGCUGAGAAGUAUCUCGAAGAUGUGUUGCAUUCAGCUCUUGCGACUUCAGAGUAGUGCGAGGAGGCUUGUACUUGACUCCAAUAUUGUUGUAAAUUUGUCAGCAAAGAAAUGGGAAGGGGUUGAUGCUUUUUUGUUGA